AUCGAGUGAGCUGAGAGACGAGUUGUGUGAUUAUUGUCUUUUGCAAUAAUUGACGAAAACAUCUAGAUUCCCGUGAUUUUCGCUGCAAUUCCAUCGGCGGACGCUGUUCUGGGUGGUGUAGCUUGGUGUGGAGAUGGAAGUUGGCCCGGAGAGGCUGGAUAUUUGAGCAGGGAAGCGUUUAGGUGGAUGGCGAAGAAGUUUGACAAUUUUCCGUGAAUUUCACCAAUUUCCAGCCUCAUCCGGAAGGAAAGUCACCCCCAAGUGAGGGCUCGCUGGGAAAAUGAAUGGAGCGAUUGAGAAGUGCCCUGCGCCGCCGGGCCACAAGGCCCCACGCAAUUACAAACUGCUGGUGGAUCCGUUCCUGCAGAAGGGCGCCACGAAGGUCUAUCGCUACGACGGCGUGGUGCCCGGAGACACGACGCAGCCUCCCAUUAUUCCGCGCGAUCCGCGCAAUCCUCUGGCCAAGCUCCGGGCGCGAGUGGAACUGGAUCUGCCUGUGCCGCGAUUUCGGAUCGAUCAGAACUACGUGGGAGAGCCGCCGGCGGUGGAGAUCACAAUAACAAAUCUCAAUGACAAUAUAGACAGAACCUUCCUGGCCGACAUGAUCCACAAGUGCGGCCCGGCCGAUGAGAUGCACAUUUACUAUCAUCCGCAGACGAACAAACAUCUUGGCCUGGCCAGAAUUGUCUUUGAGAAUGUGAAAUCCGCCCGGACGUGCAUUGAGCGUCUCAAUGGGACGUCUGUGAUGGGAAAGGUGCUGUGUGUGUUUCACGAUGCGUUCGGCGAUGAGUGCAAAAGGCUGCUGGAGAAUGCCACCAGUGAGAAGAAGAACGCUUCGAUUCCUUCGGCGCCGUCAACUGUGCCAUCCGUGGAUGAGAACACGAGAUCGGACGAUGUGCACGGGGAUUGGGAUGCCGAGAGCUUGGAUGGCCAUCAGAAGGAGAAGAUGCGAGAGCAUGAUCACUAUUCGUCACACAGUCGGGAUUAUGAGAGUGAUAGGCGCGAUAAGGAUAAGUAUAGCGAUAAAAAGGAGAGUCGUCGAUGGGAGAAGGAGCGAAAACACCAUAGAUAUCAUCACUCCUCAGCCUCCAGCUCUUCGCGAGAAGUGGUGACGGACGGCGAAAAGUCAUUUAUGCGCUUCUCGCGGAAGAAGCGCGACCGGGAGCGAGAGUACGAGCGCGAGCGGGAGUAUGAGCACUUGAUGGAGCGCGAACACAUGCGCGAGCGCGACAGGGCGGAGCGCAAGGGGAAGAAUCGGCGGCAUCGUGAGCGCCAGAGGAGUUCCAGCAUCGAGAAUUAUGCGUACAGUCGAUCGGACAGGGAAUAUUCGGCGUCUAUUGAUGGCUAUGGCGCGGCCAUGCCGGCGGCGGACAUGAUGUACGGCGGCCAUUCCUACUACGACCCGAUGUAUCCCUAUGUGGCGACGGCGUACGCCUCGGCGGCGCAAUCCCACGCGUACGGACAGUACGCGACCGUUGGCACGGCUUCUGUGUGGCACAUGGGCGCCGCGUGGACGCCGGCUCCCAGUGCGGCUCCGCCGCCACCGGAGGAGGAAGACUGGGACGCCGAGGCAACGCCGGCACCGCCGCCGCCGGAGGAGAAGCCAAAGAGGAAGAGCAAGAAGGAGGAGAAGCGACAGAGUGCAGCCGCGGCGGAUGACAAGGAGAAUUCGACUCUGGAUCUCGACACUCGAAUUGCCAUGAUGUUCAAAGACAAGGCCGUGCCGGCGUUCCUGCAGUUCGCCGACAGCAGCGAGAGUGAGGGUGAGAGUGGCAAGGUGAAGGAGGAGGGCGAGAUCUCUGAUCCUGUGGCUGUGGAUGUCACUGCGGCGACGGAGGUGAAGGUGGAGGAGAUGUGUGACGAAGAGAGUCCGCCGGGAACGCCGCCGAGUCCUUUCCUCUCGCUGGAGGCAUUCAAGGAGGCGAGAAUAUUCUCCAGGAAGGCGCUGCGGAAGCUGGAGAGAGCGGCGAAGAAGUUGUCACUGGAUGAGGGCGCCAGUGACAUAUCGUCCAGUGACGAUGAGGUGCUGCUGGAGAAGGGAACGUACAGUCCGUUGCCGCCGAACAAAGUGGAGAAGGAUGACGAUCAGAUGUCCCUGUCGUCGCUGUCAUCGACAGAGGCGAAGAUUGAGGAGGAUCUGCCAUUGCCGCUGGACGUGGCGGUGUCUGUGCCGGUGAAGCAGGAGUUUCAUCCCACAUCCGCGUACCUCUAUCCGGCCGGUGCAAAUCCUUACUAUCAAUAUUCAUCGGAGUACGAGUCGUAUCACUACAUGAAUCCCUACAUCUCGGGCUUCAUGAUGAACUCAGCGUCGGGCUACUAUCACAUGCGUCAGGAGGUGCAGGUGGAGCCGCCCAAGGAUUCAGCUGAUCCGCACGCCAGCAUGAUAUCGGCGGUGGUGGAUCAGGUGACGGCGGAGCUGAAGCAGAUCCUGAAGAAGGACUUCAACAAGAAGAUGAUUGAGAAUACGGCCUACAAGCGCUUCGAAUCGUGGUGGGAUGAGCAGGAGCGCAACAAGACGACGAAGAUUCAGGAAGUCAGCAGCACCACUGUGAUGCCACUGGGUGAGGCCAAUCAGAUCAGGCCGGAGAAGAAGGCGCCGGACAUCAAUCAAUUGCUGAACAAUAACAAUGAGAACCUCGAUUUGAGCAAUUACACGGCAAACUUUGGCUUGGGCUUGCGCGCCACCAUUCCCAAGAUGCCCAGCUUUCGGCGGAAGAAGGCGUCGCCGGUGCGUCAUGACGAUGAGGAUAGCAGGAAGCACUGCUGGAGUGAUCAGGAGGACAUGGUGCAGGGUUCGGACACGGAGAAGGAGGAUGUGCAGCACAAGUCAAAGAUCUCAUACAGUCAUCCGGCGGUGCAGCAGCGUGAGCGCGUGAGGAAGCGCAAGGGCAGCACAUCCAGCUUCUUCACCACGUCCAGCGAGGACAGGAGCAGUGGCAGUGAAUCUGACACGAGUUCUGUCUACUCGUCGGCAUCGGAGGUGAAUGAGAGGCGAGUGCCGCAGAAGAGGGACAACGAGAAGCGAAUCUACUCGGACUUUGACACGGAUGACGAGGAGAUUUCGCCGACGAAGGUGGUGGAGUCUGUGGCUGGGCGCAUUGGGAGUGGCAAGAUGAAGGGUGUGUAUUCGGACACGGAGACGGAAGAGGAGACGGAGUCUGAGAGUGUGAAGCGGCGAAAGGCGCGAAAGACUCCGAUGGCGAAGAAGGCAAUUGUACAGACGGGACAGAAGCACAAGGAUGAUGAGGAGGAGGACUCCAAAGUCCCUCGAACGCCGGGAAGGGAUGAGGUGGCGAAGUUGAUGGCUGUGGAGAAGCCGAAGAUUUCGACACUGAGUCUGGACAGAUUGUACAGUGAUUCGGAGGAGGAGAGAGAGUAUCAGGAGAAGAGGCGUCGCAACACGGAGUAUAUGGAGCAGAUUGAGAGGGAGUUCGAGGAGGAGCAGAAGAGGAAGCGCGAAGAGGAGCUGGCGGAGCAGGAGAAGAAGAAGAAGAUGGAGGAGCCGAUGAAGGAAAGUGUUCCAGUGCCGUUCAGUCCAAUGGAUCCGGAGACGCCGAUUCUCACGAAACCCCCACCGACGCCGGGCGCCAAGUUGUUUGACAAUUCUGAUCCGCUAGCGAAGUACAUGAAGGACAAGAUGUCCGAUGUGGCCAGCAAGAAGCGGAAGAAGGUGACGUCGGAGGAGACGAAGGAGUCGUCGGCGAAGAAGAGGAAGGUGUCGAAGGAUGUGAAUGGAUAUAUUCAGUCGUUCGAGAAGUUCGUCAAGGAUCAGGAAGCUGCCAAGCCACUGUCGAAGUCUGGUGUGCAGACAAAAUCCUCGCCAUCGUCUUCGGAUGGUGGAUCCAGUCAAGCGAGUCAGGCGAGUCAAGUGGCGCUGGAUCAUUGCUAUUCACUGCCACCGUCGGCCUCGCCAUCAUCCUCCUCGCCGCCCACGCAACAGCAAAUGACAGCGAAUGCCCUGAAGAGCACGUCGGAGAUGCUGGCGCACGAUCAUGGCUACACAACGAGUGCUGGGAUGCCAGCUGCCGCUGCACAGCCCGCGGUGGUGACGAAAGUACCGCCGCCGACGACGAAGGCCAAGAAGGAGCCUGUGCAGAAGGCGACGAAGAAGGAGCCGGUGGCGGCGAAGAAGCAGGUGAAGAUCACACCGUUCGUGCCGCAGAUGAAGUACGCCAAGAGGGACACGCACGGAGAGCUGCUGCUGCUGUAUGAGUUCCUGAUGAAGGGCAUCGAUGCCGAGGACAGCGAAUACCUGCGGCGCAGCUAUGAGGCUCUGCUGCAGGAUGACGCCAACAGUUACUGGCUGAAUGCCACGCAUUGGGUGGAGCACUGUGUCACGGACAGGACGUGGACGCCACAGUCGCCGAAGAAGCGGAAGCGCGACGUGGACGACCUGAAGCCGCACGUGACGGGAUCGGCGCGCACGGAGGGCUACUAUAAGGUGGAUGUGCGUGAGAAGCAGAAGCACAAGAUGACGCAUAUCAAGGCGGAGGGCACGACGGUGGGCGGCGUGGCCGGUGACACGGCCAGCAAGGUGCUGGUGGCGAAGAUGCAGGGAAUCUCGAGGGAGGCGCGAUCCAACCAGCGACGGCUGCUGACGGCUUUCGGCGCCAGCACAGAGUCGGAGUUGCUGAAGUUCAAUCAGCUGAAGUUCAGGAAGAAACACCUGCGCUUCGCCAAGUCGCAGAUCCAUGACUGGGGAUUGUUCGCGCUGGAGCCGAUAGCGGCCGACGAGAUGGUGAUCGAGUAUGUGGGACAGAUGGUGAGGCCCGUGGUGGCGGAUCUGCGGGAGAACAAGUACGAGGCGAUCGGCAUUGGCAGCAGUUAUCUCUUCCGGAUCGACAUGGAGACGAUCAUUGAUGCAACAAAGUGUGGCAAUUUGGCGAGAUUCAUCAAUCACAGUUGCAAUCCCAAUUGCUAUGCCAAAGUCAUCACGAUAGAGUCGGAGAAGAAGAUUGUCAUCUACUCGAAGCAGCCGAUUGGGAUCAAUGAGGAGAUUACGUAUGACUACAAGUUUCCGCUGGAGGAUGAGAAGAUUCCCUGUCUCUGUGGCGCUCAAGGAUGCCGAGGAACUCUCAAUUAAACAGC